UGCUGUUGCUCCGCCCACUUCAGACACGUGGUUCUGCGCGUGGCGUUGAGCAGACGCCAUAUUGCAAGAAAUUGACCGAGAAGCGACCGAAACACAGGCCAAAAAUCCUUCAAAAAUGAGUGACGAUGAGCCCGAUGUUGAGAUCGAAAGCGAUGCAGAGAAGCGAGCCCACCACAACGCUCUGGAACGCAAGCGACGAGAUCACAUCAAAGACAGCUUCAACUCUCUGAGGGAUGCCGUGCCCAACCUGGAAGGGGAAAAGGCGUCCAGAGCCCAGAUUUUGAACAAAGCCACAGAGUACAUCGAGUUUAUGAGAAGGAAGAACAACUCGCACCAGUCAGACAUUGACGGACUGAAGAGGCAGAACCUGCAACUGGAUCAGCAGAUUCGUCAACUUGAGAAGAGCCCAGGUGACCCGCUGGUGGUCAGCAACGGUCUGGCACUCCUCAGCAACCCCAAAGGUCCCGCCAUCUCAGCCUUUGACGAGGAGUCCGACUCGGACUCCGAUUCCUCCGAGGAGAGGUCCCACAUCCCGCCCAAGAGGUUAAAAAUGGGCGACGGCUCGUCCCACGAAGGGUCUGCUUCCAUUUCUAGUGUGAUCAAAUUGCCAGUAAAUAAGACAUGAUCUAGAGGAAUUUGUAUAUAUAUAUGAAACUUAUGUCAGAAAGAGAGUGUGCAUAUAUUUUGUCGCUGCCGUACCCCGCUUUCCUUGUCUCGCGUCUCGCCCCGAUGACAAAUCCUCAUCAUUAAGUGUGCAGUUGAGCCACCUGACAAGAAAUCUAUUUUGUAAGUUUAUGUGGUUCCAAAAAA